UUGCAUUUUCGUCUGCAUAUUUCGUUCGAAAGCUUGAGAGCUCGGAGACAAAUUUCAGCCACCGCCACUAAAACAUCAUGAGAGCCGUUCCAACUUGGGUGGAUAAAGUUCACGAUAGGGAUAAAAUUGAACAAUGCAUCUACGGUAUUGCAUUCCGACCAGAUGGUACACAACUUAUUGUAGCAGCUGGCAACAGAGUAUUAGUUUAUGAUGCAAAUGAUGGGACGUUGAUUCAACCAUUGAAAGGACAUAAAGACACAGUAUACUGUGUGGCGUAUGCUAAAGAUGGCAAGAGAUUCUCCUCAGGUUCAGCUGAUAAAAGUGUCAUUAUAUGGACUUCCAAACUAGAAGGCAUCCUCAAAUACACUCACAAUGACGCCAUACAGUGUUUAUCAUUCAAUCCAAUCACACAUCAGUUGGCAAGCUGUGCUUGUAGUGACUUUGGUCUUUGGUCCAUGGAGCAGAAGUCUGUAUCUAAGCAUAAGACAGGGAGUAGAAUAACAUGUUGCAGUUGGACUAAUGAUGGUCAGCAUCUUGCACUAGGCAUGUAUAAUGGCUGUGUUAGCAUCAGAAGCAAGAAUGGAGAUGAAAAAUCUAAGAUUGAGAGACCAGGUGGAGGGCUGAGUCCCAUCUGGGGUAUUCAAUGGAAUCCAGCAAGAAAAGUCUCACUGUACACCAAGUCUACUGAAUCCUGCGUGGCAUCCAGUAGUAAUGAAUCUAUAACUUCAUCAGGAAGUCGCAAAUGUCGUAGGUUAGUCAGGGAAGAUACUCAAGAUAUCUUAGCUAUAGUGGACUGGGGUCAGAAGAUGUCAUUCUAUAAUCUUACUGGAAGCCAGGUUAUCAAGGAUAGGAGUCUUGGUUUUGAUCCAUGUUGUCUGAGUUAUUUCUCCCGUGGUGAAUACAUGGUCAUAGGUGGAUCCAACAAGCAAGCGGCGCUAUAUACCAAAGAUGGCGUACACCUGGGAGUCAUUGGAGAACAGAACUCAUGGGUCUGGUGCUGUGAAGUCAGACCAGAUCAGAACUAUGUGGCCAUUGGAUGCCAGGAUGGAACAAUAGCUUUCUACCAGCUUGUAUUCAGUACUGUUCAUGGUCUGUAUCGAGAUCGCUAUGCAUACAGAGAGAAUAUGACAGACGUCAUCAUACAGCAUCUUAUUACUGACCAGAAAGUACGCAUCAAAUGCAAGGACAUGGUCAAGAAGAUUGCUAUCUACAAACAUAGACUAGCGGUGCAACUGUCAGACAAGAUUGUGAUUUAUGAGCUGUGUUCGGACGAUACUUCAGAUAUGCAUUACAGACCCAAAGAGAGGAUUAACAAGAAGUUUGACUGUAACCUUCUAGUUGUCUGCUCAUUGAACCUCAUCUUGUGUCAGGAGAAGCGAUUGAUAAGUCUGAGUUUCAAAGGAGUGAAGGAGCGUGAGUGGGUGAUGGAAGCUUUAAUCCGAUACAUCAAGGUGAUUGGUGGACCAUCAGGAAGAGAAGGACUACUGGUUGGAUUAAAGAAUGGUCAGAUAAUGAAGUUGUUUGCGGACAACCCAUUUCCGAUACUCAUCUUGAAGCAACAGACUUCAGUCCGAUGUCUGGACAUCAGCUGUUCUCGUACUAUGUUGUCUGUAGUAGAUGAACAUAAUACAUGCUUAGUGUAUGACGUCAACACUAAGGAACUAUUAUUCCAGGAGCCAAAUGCUAACAGCGUAGCCUGGAACACACAAUAUGAAGACAUGUUGUGCUUCUCAGGCAAUGGUAUGUUGAACAUCAAGGCUAGUAGCUUCCCUGUACAUCAGCAGAAACUACAAGGCUUUGUAGUAGGCUUUGCUGGAUCUAAGAUAUUCUGUCUUCAUGUAUAUGCAAUGACUACAGUAGAAGUACCUCAGUCUGCUCCUAUGUAUCAAUACCUGGAGAGGAAACAGUUCAAAGAUGCCUAUCGUGUAUCAUGUCUUGGUGUAACCAACAAGGAUUGGACAGCGCUGGCUCAUGAGGCAAUGGAAGGCUUAGACUUUGACACUGCUAAGAAGGCAUUCAUUAGAGUCAGAGAUAUCCGCUACUUAGAGCUCAUUCACAGCAUAGAGGAGCGUAAGCGUCGUGGUGAGGUGAACGAUCAGUUAUUCUUAGCGGAUGUCUACGCCUAUCAGGGCAAGUUUGCUGAAGCAGCUAAGCUUUAUAAGAGAGCUGGGCAGGAACAAAGAGCUAUGAACAUGUACACAGACCUACGGAUGUUUGAUCAUGCAAAGGAAUUCAUUGGGUCGGGAGACCCUCAAGACAAGAAGCUUCUUAUAACCAAGCAAGCUGACUGGGCUAAGAACAUCAAUGAACCUCGAGCAGCAGCAGAGAUGUACCUCUCGGCAGGGGAACAUCUUAAAGCUAUUGAGAUCAUCGGCGAUCAUAACUGGGCUGACAUGUUGAUAGACGUUGCUCGUAAACUAGACAAAGCAGAAAGAGAACCUCUAUCCCGCUGUGCGUUCUUCUUCAAGAAGAUGGAGCAGUAUGCGUAUGCUGCCGAGACCUACACUAAGAUGGGAGAUACAAAGGCAUUAGUCUUACUUCAUGUAGAGUCCAGACACUGGGAAGCUGCCUUUACAUUGAUUGAAAAACACCCAGAGUUUAAGGAUGAUGUAUAUGUCCCAUACGCUCAGUGGCUAGCAGAGAAUGACAGAUUUGAAGAAGCUCAAAGAGCAUUCCACAAAGCCGGACGACAGGAUGACGCCGUCAGGGUGUUGGAACAGCUUACCCACAAUGCAGUGCUUGAGAGUAGAUUUAACGAUGCUGGGUACUACUUUUGGAUGUUGUCAAUGCAGUGUCUGGAGAUUGCAGGAGCUGAUGAAAGCAAGCGACAGGACAUGGUUUCUAAAUUCACUGAGUUCCAGAGUAAAGCGGAGGUGUACUACGUUUAUCAUUCCAUCCAGCGCUACACCGAUGAGCCGUUUACAUCUCAUCUACCUGAUGCGUUAUUCAACAUGGCUCGCUAUUUAUGGCAUGCAAUCAUUAAGGACAUCCCUCAUGGAAUCAGUAAAGUUAACACCCUGUAUGCCUUGGCUAAGCAGAGUCGUUCUCUAGCAGCAUUCAAGCUCGCAAGGUUUGCAUUUGAGAAGCUACAGUCACUUCGGAUCCCGCCUCGAUUCCAGGAAUCCAUCGACCUAGGAAGUAUAACAAUCAGAUCCAAGCCAUUUCAUGAUGCAGAGGAUAUAUUACCGAUGUGCUACCGCUGUUCAACCACCAACCCUCUACUCAACAACCAGGGCAAUCAAUGCAUCAACUGUGCCCAGCCGUUUGUUCACUCUUUCUCUUCAUUUGAUAUUCUGCCGUUGGUUGAGUUUGUCUUAGAGGAAGGAUUAACCGACGAGGAAGCAGUGAGUUUGAUUCAGAUGGAACCGUCUAAUAAAUCAUCUAGAGGAGACGGGUGGAAGGAAUCAGCAGGAGACGCUGUACAAUCUAUGAGACUAGAUGAUUAUGGCAAUCAAGCUAUUGAUGACGAUCCAUUCACUGCUAAACUACUCAGCUUUGAGCAAGGAGGCAGUGAGUUUGUUCCAGUGGUUGUCAAUCGAUCGGUUCUGCAAGCUACAGAGCGCCACCAUGUGAUUAUUCGUAAGUGGCCAGCUCCGCUACGAUACCAGUACUUCAAGACCAUUAUGCCUGAUGUCUCGAUCACUACAUGCCCAUCUUGUAACCAGUUCUUUCAUACCGAUGAGUUUGAGUUAGCUGUUCUACAGAAGAAUCACUGUCCAUUCUGCAGAAAGUCACCAACAGAAUCCUGAGCUGAAAGCCCCCCCCCCUCUACAUUCUGCAGAAAGUCACCAACGGAAUUCUGAGCUGAAAGCCCCCCCCCCCCUCUACAUUCUGCAGAAAGUCACCAACGGAAUCCUGAGCUGAAAGCCCCCCCCCCCCUCUACAUUCUGCAGAAAGUCACCAACGGAAUCCUGAGCUGAAAGCCCCCCCCCCCUCCAUUCUGCAGAAAGUCACUAACACAAUCCUAAGCUGAAGCACAAGUGUCACGACCGGGAUUCGAACCCACACUCCGCUGAACAGAAUCACCAGAGCUUGAAUUCAGUGCUCUUAACCGCUUGGCCACGACACCCCAUGUACAUGUUUUAGUUUCAAUUAAUUGGAUUUCUCAAUAGUAACAACACUCUUUAGUCUAUUUAUUUUUGUACGUUUUCAAACGACAAUUGGUCACAUUUUAUAUUUAUUUUAAAAAAAUUUUAGGCAUACUUAAGUACUUGCACAUUAUCGAGUACAAAGUCAGUUUGCUCAGCUACUAAAAUGAUUUUUCUAAACUGGAAAAUGUUUUUGUACAUUGAAAGAUAACAUAUUGUCAGCUAUGUUUUGUUGCACUUCAUGCUAUCUUUCAGUUUUGAAAAGACAGUAAUUUUAAAUUUGAACUAUUUACUUUACUUUGUCAUAAAUCUACACCUAGAUUCGUAAAAAUAAUCUACACUUUCAACAAUAGAUCGAGUGACUUCACAGAAAUAGUUGAGUAUCAUCUAACAUUACUGAAAAGAAACGGUCAUUCUUCAAGUUGGCAUUUUCAGAGUCUCAAAUGCUGAUCUGUUUACAAAUGUUUCAAUAUUGUCUAAACAAAAUCCUUGGAAGUAAGCUUUGAUGUUUACACUGAAUGCUGUGUUUAUCUGUGGAUACAUUACAGACACUUUAUCAAAGCACCUGAGUGCCUUUAGAGAUUUAGAAUAGUUGGUUGUUUAUCUCCUCUAUUUCAAUCUGAGUACAGUAAUGCUGUCCUUUAUUAAAGGAACACGUUGCCUUGGAUCGGACGAGUUGGUCUAUGAAAAGCAUUUGUAACC